GGCUUCCUUACAAACUCUUCGUAUACACAUAACUUCAUUAUAGUAACUUUUUUUUGAUCAACACCGCAAGCAUGCCUUACCCCGAUGAGUUUGAAGGUUUCAUGAUCAAUGAGCUUGGCAAGUACAAGGAGUUCAAGAAGCAGACUUUCAAGCCAAAGAAGUUCCAAGAGAAUGAUAUCGACAUCAAAAUUGAGUGCUGUGGUGUCUGUGGUUCUGAUGUGCACACUGUCACAGGAGGCUGGGGCGAAGCGCCCACGCCCAUCUGCGUUGGCCACGAGGUCGUCGGCAAGGCGGUGAAGGUCGGCUCUGCAGUCAAGAACGUCAAGGUCGGCGACCGUGUCGGUGUUGGUGCUCAAGUGUGGUCAUGCUUGAAGUGCCCUCAGUGCAAGAGCGAUAACGAGAACUACUGUCCUCACCAGGUCGACACCUACGGUGCACCGUACCCCAAAGAGGCCGACCCCGACGAGACCAUCUCGCAAGGUGGUUAUGCGUCACACAUCCGAGUUCACGAGUACUUCGUGUUCCCGGUUCCCGACGCUAUCCCCUCACACUUUGCCGCGCCGAUGAUGUGCGCCGGCCUGACGGUAUGGUCGCCACUGGUGCGUGCUGGUACUGGGCCUGGCAAGCAGGUCGCCAUUGUUGGUUUAGGUGGUCUGGGUCACUUUGCCGUCAUGUGGGCAAAUGCCCUCGGUGCUGAAGUGACUGUGAUUUCCCACUCUCCUCACAAGAAGGAUGAUGCUCUGAAGCUCGGCGCCAAGCACUUCGUCAAUUCUGGUGACAAGGAUUGGGCCAAGCCCCUCGCAUUCAAGUUCGACUUCGUGCUCAACUCCGCCGACAUGACGCACACCUUCGACCUCGACAGCUACCUGUCGAUUCUAAAGGUCAACAGCCGCUUUCACCAGGUCGGUCUGCCCGACGAGCCCAUCAAGGAGCUCAACCCCAAGCAGUUCAUGGCCAAUGGCUCAAGCAUCGGUGCCAGCCACAUCGGUUCGCGCCCGGAGAUCUUGGCCAUGCUGAAGCUCUCUGCGGAGAAGAAGCUUUUCCCCAUGGUUGAGACCAUCCCCGUGUCUGAGAAGGGUUGCGCUGAAGCUAUUGAACGUGUCAAGAACAACAAGGUUCACUACCGUUUCACUCUUACCGACUUCGACAAGGCAUUCGGUGCCUAGGGUUGCAUGAAGAUAUGACAUUAUGAGGCACUUGAAUGAUUACUGUUACGGUUACAACAGUGCAGGAAGACUAGGCUUGCUGUUUCAUCCUAUGUAUUGUGAAAUAUCAGAAAUAUUAAGAAUAAAAGGCUAAAUCACGAAAUACAUAAAAACAUUUGAUCGCAUAGCUGAUCUCACUUAGCGGAUAUAUCUUUUCCCAAUCACGUAACCGCAUGUUUAGGAUCGAUCCACCAUUCAGGCCACCAUUACCUCUAACAAUAUGAAGGUCCGAACAGAGCUUCAAGAUCGUCGCGGGCGUCUUGAUGAUAUAUCCUGGCCUUAAUUAGUUUGCACGGCUCUUAUAGUAAGGCACUUAGACCAUGUAAUGUUUAUUACUAGCAGGUACGAUCUAAUAUUUUAGAACUCUAUGGCCUUCUCGUACCCUCGAAGUGCCGGGAGAUCUAUGUCCUCGA